AUGGCACAGAAGCCCUCAGCGUCCCCGGUGGCGUCGUCCAUGAAAAGCGGAGGCAACUGGAACAACGCUUUGGAUCCCACCUCGACGGCCCGCACGCUGGGCAGCGGCUCGCUCUUCGUCGCCACCGACGCGGACCGCGAGGAGGUGCAGCAGGGCGCCAACGUUAUCGGGCACGGUGACUUCCAGAGGAUCAUCCUCGGUUUCACCAUCGUGGCGCAAAUGGUGCUACUCUGCCACAGCAACGUCCUAGCGCUCAUCACGGACCCGGUUGACCACUGGUGCAGGCCGCCGCCCGAGCUCUCUGGGAUGUCGGUCGCCCGCUGGAAGAACGUCGGCAUCCCUGCCGACGAAGUGGGCCGCUUCAGCCAGUGCCGAGUGUACGUGCGACCCGGCGCCACCCCCAACGACACGGAGACGGUCCCGUGUGACUCCUGGGACUACGACGAAGUCGAGGCGCACAGGAGUGCCCGCAGCUACUGGAACCUCGUUUGCCAUCGCAGCUGGCUCCUGUCCCUGGGCAACGGUGUCUUCAUGAGUGGUGCGCUCAUAGUGGUCCCGUUCAUGGGCUACCUGGCCGACACCGAGGGUCGCAAGCCAGUCAUCAUCGUCGCCUCGUUCGUGCUCAUGACGACAGCUAUCGCCAGCUGCUUCGCCGAGGCUUUUCCCCUCUACCUGGCGCUCAUAUUCGUCAACUCGGCCUGCGCCAGCACCGUUCACAUCAUCACGGUGAUCCUGAUGUUCGAGGUGGCGCCGCUCCGGUACCGUACCUUCUACAUGGGUCUCGGCAGCUCACUGGGUGUCCUGUUCGUCGAGAUGCUGUUCGUCUUCGUCACCGCCGUCCGCAUCGGCUGGUUCCCGCUCCAGUUGCUCGUCGUGGCACCCACCCUGCUGCUCCUCUCGGCCACGUUCGCCGUGCACGAGUCGCCCAUGUGGCUGCUCUCAAUGUCCAGGCUGAAAGAGGCCGAGGAAGUCAUCUACACCGCCGCCAAGGUGAACGGCGUGUCCCGCAUCCGUGCCAAGCGGGCCUUCGACCAGAUCAAGUGCGAGAUGAACAAGGCGAGCGUGCCGUACUCGCCGGUGGCGCCCAAUGCGCUGCUGGUCCCCGGCUCGCUGCGGGGCCGGGCCGCCGCGGUCUUCGUCACCACGUUCACCGCCAUGCUGGCCUACUACUCGCUCACCUGGAGCCACAGGCUCGGCGGGAGCAGCAAUCUGGUUGUGCACGUCAUCUCUGUGGCCGCCCUGGCACCCACCUACCUGGCCAUGUACCUGGCCCUCAACACCCUUGGACGCCUCCAGUUGAUGCUCGUGCUCUUCACGCUCCUCGGUGGAGUUUCCGGACUUUACGGCAUCGCCACGUACGCCGAGCCCCACGAGGUCGCCUACGCGCUCGCCAUCGCGGCCAAGUGCCUGGCGAGCGCUCUGAUUCCCACCAACUACCUGUACAUGGCCGAGCUGUUCCCCUCGUCAGUGCGCAGCGCGGUCAUGUGUGGCGCCUACACGUGCGGCCGCGUCGGCGCCGUGUUCGCCUCGCUGCUCUCUCUUCUGCAGGAGGUCGACCGGGAGGACGCCGGCUUCGCAGUCCUGGCGGUAUCGGUAUUCGGAGGCCUGCUGGUGCUCCUCAGCUUACCCGAGACGACUGUCAGAGGCGCUACCGACGUGGCCGUCACCAACAUGGACGGCAAGCGCAGGGACCUCCUGGACGUCAUGCAGACUACGCUGGUGCCGAAGCGAAAGAAGAGGAGGAGGGGCAGACCUAUGAGCUCCGCGCUAGCAGUGCUUCCGGUCAAGCAGGCGCUCAGCUCGCCCAAGUGGUCUUUCCCGCGCUGAAAACACUGCCGCUUGUGCAGGCGGGCUUUGCGAUGUCCUAGGACGCAUGCAGAUUUGAAUGGGCGUAGUCGCACGACAUAAAAGGGUGACUAGGAAGGGGGUAGAGGGACAAGGGGCAUUUGUUUACUGACUUUUUUUUUCUUUCGUCCGGUUGUCUACGCGAAGUUCAUUGAACAAUUUUUAAUUUCGUUACAUUGUGUAUGAAGAUCACUGACGUGCUUUCAUCUUCGCUGCGCCUCGCGUAUAAGCUUUAUGGGGCCUUCGAUGCGUGUAUCUGCGAACAACUCCGAGUUUAAAGCAACACUACAAUGUUGGAGCUUCCCUGUGGACUCAAGGUCGCCAUGCUGUGUUUUAGCCUUUUCUUUUCCGAUCGCGAGAUUUAUCCUCGUGAAGCUAAAUAGCUGCUUGUAGAGGAUCUGUAGGCAAACGACAGAGGCGUGGAACUGCACACCUCACGAAUUGUGUUUUCCAACGAGAAGUGUACGUGUGCGUAUACGUGUAUGUAUGUGCGUGGGAGAGACUGUGAACCUGGCGCGCGAGAUCAGCGUGGUAGCAACUAUGACAUGCUGUGGCCUCUUCGCGUUUUUAUUUUUCGUAAAUAUAUGCGGCGUCAAUGA